GGCAGCGGCGGCGGGCACCGGGCACCGCGGCAGGCGGGCGGGCGGGCGGGCAUGGGGGGCGCUCGGAGCGGCCCCGGCGGCCGGGCCCGCAUCACCGCGGCGUCCCUCCGCUAGAGGAGGGGACCAAGCCAAUUCUCCUUUGCAGCAAAAAAUUACAUGUAUAUAUUAUUAAGAUAAUAUAUACAUCUGAUCUCAUUUUUUAGAAAAAGUUUAUUUUGCUCCAUUUUUGAAAAAGAGGGAGCGUGGGUGGUGAGCGGUUUUUAUAAAUUAUUCUUAUUUUCUGUUAUCUGUCCUCGUCCCUCCCCACCCCCUGCUGAAGCGAGAAUAAGGGCAGGGACCGCGGCUCCUACCUAUCGGUAACCCCCUUACCCGUCCCCCCCUCCGCCCCAACGCCCAGCACAGUGCCCUGCACACAGUAGGCGCUCAAUAAAUGUUCGUGGAUGAUGAUGAUGAUGAUGAUGAAAAAAAUGCAGCAUCAACGGCAGCAGCAAGCGGACCACGCGAACGAGGCAAACUAUGCAAGAAGCACCAGACUGCCUCUUUCUGGUGAAGGACCAGCUUCUCAGCCGAAUAGCUCCAAGCAGACCGUCCUGUCUUGGCAAGCUGCAAUCGAUGCUGCUAGACAGGCCAAGGCUGCCCAAACUAUGAGCGCCUCUGCACCCCCACCUGUAGGAUCUCUCUCCCAAAGAAAACGUCAGCAAUACGCCAAGAGCAAAAAACAGGGUAACUCGUCCAACAGCAGACCUGCUCGAGCCCUCUUCUGCUUGUCACUCAAUAACCCCAUCCGAAGAGCCUGCAUUAGCAUAGUGGAAUGGAAACCAUUUGACAUAUUUAUAUUAUUGGCUAUUUUUGCCAAUUGUGUGGCCUUAGCUAUUUACAUCCCAUUCCCUGAAGAUGAUUCUAAUUCAACAAAUCAUAACUUGGAAAAAGUAGAAUAUGCCUUCCUGAUUAUUUUUACAGUCGAGACCUUUUUGAAGAUUAUAGCAUAUGGAUUAUUGCUACAUCCUAAUGCUUAUGUUAGAAAUGGAUGGAAUUUACUGGAUUUUGUUAUAGUAAUAGUAGGAUUGUUUAGUGUAAUUUUGGAACAAUUAACCAAAGAAACAGAAGGCGGUAACCACUCCAGUGGCAAAUCAGGAGGCUUUGAUGUCAAAGCCCUCCGCGCCUUUCGAGUGUUACGACCACUUCGACUAGUAUCAGGAGUGCCCAGUUUACAAGUUGUCCUGAACUCCAUUAUAAAAGCCAUGGUCCCCCUCCUUCACAUCGCCCUUUUGGUAUUAUUCGUAAUCAUAAUCUAUGCUAUUAUAGGAUUGGAACUUUUUAUUGGAAAAAUGCACAAAACAUGUUUUUUUGCUGACUCAGAUGUCGUAGCUGAAGAGGACCCAGCGCCAUGUGCGUUCUCAGGGAAUGGACGCCAGUGUACCGCCAAUGGCACAGAGUGUAGAAGUGGCUGGGUUGGCCCAAAUGGAGGCAUCACCAACUUUGAUAACUUUGCCUUUGCGAUGCUCACUGUGUUUCAGUGCAUCACCAUGGAGGGCUGGACAGAUGUGCUCUACUGGAUGAAUGAUGCUAUGGGAUUUGAAUUGCCCUGGGUGUAUUUUGUCAGUCUCGUCAUCUUUGGGUCAUUUUUCGUACUAAAUCUUGUACUUGGUGUAUUGAGCGGAGAAUUCUCAAAGGAAAGAGAGAAGGCUAAAGCACGGGGAGAUUUCCAGAAGCUCCGGGAGAAGCAGCAGCUAGAAGAGGAUCUGAAGGGUUACUUGGAUUGGAUUACCCAAGCGGAAGAUAUUGACCCCGAGAAUGAGGAAGAAGGUGGAGAGGAGAGCAAACGCAAUACCAGCAUGCCCACCAGCGAGACCGAGUCUGUGAACACGGAGAACGUGAGUGGAGAAGGCGAGAGCCAGGGCUGCUGUGGAAGUCUCUGGUGCUGGUGGAGAAGAAGAGGAGCCGCCAAGGCUGGGCCCUCGGGGUGUCGGCGGUGGGGUCAAGCCAUCUCAAAGUCCAAGCUCAGCCGUCGCUGGCGUCGCUGGAACCGUUUCAAUCGCAGAAGGUGUAGGGCUGCCGUGAAGUCUGUCACGUUUUACUGGCUGGUUAUUGUCCUGGUGUUUCUCAACACCUUAACCAUUUCCUCCGAGCACUACAACCAGCCUGACUGGUUGACACAGAUUCAAGAUAUCGCUAACAAAGUCCUCUUGGCUCUGUUCACCUGUGAGAUGCUGGUAAAAAUGUACAGCUUGGGUCUUCAGGCAUAUUUCGUCUCUCUCUUUAAUCGAUUUGACUGCUUCGUGGUGUGUGGUGGAAUUACCGAAACGAUCUUGGUGGAGCUGGAAAUCAUGUCUCCCCUGGGCAUCUCUGUGUUUCGGUGUGUGCGCCUCUUACGAAUUUUCAAAGUGACCAGGCACUGGACUUCCCUGAGCAACUUGGUGGCAUCCUUGUUGAACUCCAUGAAGUCCAUCGCUUCACUGUUGCUCUUGCUGUUUCUCUUCAUCAUCAUCUUUUCCUUGCUUGGGAUGCAGCUGUUUGGCGGCAAGUUUAAUUUUGACGAAACACAAACCAAGCGAAGCACCUUUGACAAUUUCCCCCAAGCACUUCUCACAGUGUUCCAGAUUCUGACGGGUGAAGACUGGAAUGCUGUAAUGUACGAUGGCAUCAUGGCGUAUGGGGGCCCGUCAUCUUCGGGAAUGAUCGUCUGCAUCUACUUCAUCAUCCUCUUCAUUUGCGGUAACUAUAUUCUACUGAAUGUCUUCUUGGCCAUCGCUGUAGACAAUUUGGCUGAUGCUGAAAGUUUGAAUACUGCUCAGAAAGAGGAAGCCGAAGAGAAGGAGAGGAAAAAGAUUGCCAGAAAAGAGAGCCUGGAAAAUAAAAAGACCAACAAACCGGAAGUCAACCAGAUAGCCAACAGUGACAACAAAGUUACAAUCGAUGACUACCGAGAAGAAGAUGAGGACAAGGACCCCUACCCGCCUUGUGAUGUGCCAGUAGGUGAAGAGGAAGAGGAGGAGGAGGAGGAUGAACCUGAGGUUCCUGCUGGCCCCCGUCCUCGCAGAAUCUCGGAGUUGAACAUGAAGGAGAAAAUCGCCCCCAUUCCUGAAGGGAGCGCUUUCUUCAUUCUUAGCAAGACCAACCCGAUCCGCGUGGGCUGUCACAAGCUCAUCAACCACCACAUCUUCACCAACCUCAUCCUUGUCUUCAUCAUGCUGAGCAGUGCUGCCCUCGCCGCCGAGGACCCCAUCCGCAGCCACUCUUUCCGGAACACUAUACUGGGUUACUUUGACUAUGCUUUCACAGCCAUCUUUACUGUUGAAAUCCUGUUAAAGAUGACGACCUUUGGAGCUUUCCUCCACAAAGGGGCUUUCUGCAGGAACUACUUCAAUUUGCUGGAUAUGCUGGUUGUUGGGGUGUCUCUGGUGUCAUUUGGGAUCCAAUCCAGUGCCAUCUCCGUUGUGAAGAUUCUGAGGGUCCUAAGGGUCCUAAGGCCACUCAGGGCAAUCAACAGAGCGAAAGGACUUAAGCAUGUCGUCCAGUGUGUCUUCGUGGCCAUCCGGACAAUUGGCAACAUCAUGAUCGUCACCACCCUUCUCCAGUUCAUGUUUGCCUGCAUCGGGGUCCAGUUGUUUAAGGGAAAGUUUUAUCGCUGCACAGAUGAAGCCAAAAGUAACCCAGAAGAAUGCAGGGGCCUCUUCAUCCUCUACAAGGAUGGGGAUGUCGAUAACCCUGUGGUCCGUGAGAGGAUCUGGCAAAACAGUGAUUUCAACUUUGACAACGUCCUUUCUGCUAUGAUGGCGCUUUUCACGGUCUCCACGUUUGAGGGCUGGCCUGCGUUGCUGUAUAAAGCCAUCGACUCGAAUGGAGAGAAUGUUGGCCCGAUCUACAACUACCGCGUGGAGAUCUCCAUCUUCUUCAUCAUCUACAUCAUCAUCGUAGCCUUCUUCAUGAUGAACAUCUUUGUGGGCUUCGUCAUCGUCACGUUUCAGGAGCAGGGAGAGAAAGAGUAUAAGAACUGUGAGCUGGACAAAAAUCAGCGUCAGUGUGUCGAAUACGCCUUGAAAGCACGUCCCUUGCGGAGAUACAUCCCCAAAAACCCUUACCAGUACAAGUUCUGGUACGUGGUGAACUCCUCGCCUUUCGAAUACAUGAUGUUUGUCCUCAUCAUGCUCAACACACUCUGCUUGGCCAUGCAGCACUAUGAGCAGUCCAAGAUGUUUAAUGAUGCCAUGGACAUUCUGAACAUGGUCUUCACUGGGGUGUUCACUGUCGAGAUGGUUCUGAAAGUCAUUGCAUUUAAACCUAAGCACUAUUUCACUGAUGCAUGGAACACUUUUGAUGCCUUGAUUGUUGUUGGUAGCGUCGUUGAUAUUGCUAUAACUGAAGUGAAUCCAACUGAAAGUGAAAAUGUCCCUGUCCCAACUGCUACUCCAGGGAACUCUGAAGAGAGCAAUAGAAUCUCCAUCACCUUUUUCCGUCUUUUCCGAGUGAUGCGAUUGGUGAAGCUUCUCAGCAGGGGGGAAGGCAUCCGGACAUUGCUGUGGACUUUUAUUAAGUCCUUCCAGGCGCUCCCCUAUGUGGCCCUUCUCAUAGCCAUGUUGUUCUUCAUCUAUGCAGUUAUUGGCAUGCAGAUGUUUGGGAAAGUUGCCAUGAGAGAUAACAACCAGAUCAACAGGAACAACAAUUUCCAGACCUUUCCCCAGGCGGUGCUGCUGCUCUUCAGGUGUGCAACGGGUGAGGCCUGGCAGGAGAUCAUGCUGGCCUGCCUCCCGGGGAAGCUCUGCGACCCCGAGUCGGAUUACAACCCCGGGGAGGAGUACACGUGUGGCAGCAACUUCGCCAUUGUUUAUUUCAUCAGUUUUUACAUGCUCUGCGCAUUUCUGAUCAUCAAUCUGUUUGUAGCAGUCAUCAUGGAUAAUUUUGAUUAUCUGACCCGGGACUGGUCUAUUCUGGGGCCUCACCAUUUAGACGAAUUCAAAAGAAUAUGGUCAGAAUAUGACCCUGAGGCAAAGGGAAGGAUCAAGCACCUCGAUGUGGUGACACUGCUGCGCCGCAUCCAGCCUCCCCUGGGGUUUGGGAAAUUGUGCCCACACAGAGUAGCUUGUAAGAGACUUGUUGCCAUGAACAUGCCUCUGAACAGUGACGGGACAGUCAUGUUUAAUGCAACCCUCUUUGCUCUGGUUCGAACAGCUCUUAAAAUCAAGACCGAAGGGAACCUGGAACAAGCUAAUGAGGAACUCCGAGCUGUAAUAAAGAAAAUCUGGAAGAAAACCAGCAUGAAACUACUUGACCAAGUUGUCCCUCCAGCUGGUGAUGAUGAGGUAACCGUGGGGAAGUUCUAUGCCACUUUCCUGAUACAGGACUACUUUAGGAAAUUCAAGAAACGGAAAGAACAAGGACUGGUGGGAAAGUACCCUGCGAAGAACACCACAAUUGCCCUACAGAUGCUUGAACGGAUGCUUUAGAAUUUUCUGCCUGAGCUACAGCACCAAGCUCGUUAGUCGGAAGGCGUUUAUGGCUAAGGCCUUGAAAGGGAAAAGUCUCAAGUGGGCUUAUUUCUACUGAAACAGCAUUUCGGGAGAAAUGCAGGAAAAAGCAAACCCGAGGCCCCAGGGAGACCCCUUCCAAGCAGAGCACUCCUCCUCCGGAAGGUGGAAGCAGGGCCGCGGCUCAGCUGCCGAGCCGUAGCCUCCUGUCGUGGACACUGCUCACAGUGGCUCUUUUUCAUGAAAGGGAACGUGCAAGUCUUAACAGUUUUCCCUUCCAAACAGACUCAGAGAAAGGGAAAGAGUGGGAAAGAGCAAAGGAGGGGGGCAGCCGCCCCACAGAGAAAUGAAAUGAACACAACUUCCUGAUACUGGCCAGUAAAACAAAACAAAACGAAAAAUUAAAAAAGUAAAAAGAUUAAGCAGACCUGCCUAAGGUGGGCAGCUGACUCCGUUCCAGAGUCCUACAUCCCUAGUUUGCCCGAACUCCCAAAGACUGGCAGGCCCCUUGGCGCUGAGCUGACAGAGUUCCUUUUAUAUGCCAGUCCGUCACGCCCUCCUGACCGUCCGGCUCCUGCUCUCUGCAGUGAUCCUGUUCAGAAUGCAGUGAGAAGUGGGCAGGACAGGAAGCUCAGAUUCACUCAUUUAAACUAACACAUACACCCGCAUGCCAAAACCAAUCCAGGCAACACCUCAGGUUCCAUCUUAACGUGUCCACGGGAAAUACCACCACACUCAAACCUCAUCCAACAUUGUCCGUCUUUAAUUCGUGCUCAAAGCCAGUCUGGGGAUGCCUCUUUGAAAACAGUGUGGUCUAGUUUCAAGGACACUGGGAGUCAGGGAACCUGGGUUCUAGUCCCAGCUCCAGCGUUCACUUGCUGCGUGACCUUGGGCAAGACACUUAACCUCUCUGUGCCUCAGUUUCCCCAUCUGUAAAAUGGGGGUAAUAAUGUCGACCUACCUCACAGGGCUGUUGUGAGGAAUAGCUAAGUGAUUGUAAAGCACUUUGAACGUAUAAUUGCUUAUUAUUAAGACUACAACAAUAAUAAUAUCAUAUGCUUGUUUACUACCAGAACUUUAAGAAAUUCUUGUUUUUCUUUGAUCUCUUUUCUGUUCUGUACUGUAGUUAUCCAUUGAGAAAGAGAAUUCUGCCCUUUUUAAGAUAUCAUGGAAAUGCAUACAAAUGUAAACAGAGGUAAUUCUGCAGGUUGUGUUUUCACAUCUUACGAACAGUAGAUUUUUUCCCAAGAAGUUGCUUCAUGAGACCGUCCCAUGUGAAAUUCUCAGCUGACUCCAAGCAGUGGUUAAGGAGUCAGUACAUUGACUGAGCCCAGGAUACCCAGAGGAGCCAAGCUGAGUUUUAAAAUCAAUAUUCAAAAGUAACUUUAGUGUCAAAACUUGAAGGUUCUGAAGUGUCUAGAGAAAGGAAGCGUUAUUAGCCCCCUUUGCCUGCCCUGGUCUAUGCAGACUGGAGGCUGCAUGUGCGCGUGCGGGCGAAUGAGGUGGGGAGGGCCCACAGAAUGUGGGGCAGCCCUGUUCCUGGCUGCACUCAUCCAAGACCAGGCAGACGGGGGGAGCAGUGUCACCGGUGGGAAGAGGCAUACUAGUGGAGGUCCUACAGGCUCAUCCUGUGCAUGACUGACACGGUCCCUCCCAGCCUUGAGGGAGGGUGAUCUGGUGAUGUCUUUUGUGCUGUGACCUUUGCCCUUUGGCCCCAGGGGUUCUCAAUACCAAGUGGUCUGGCCUGCCUGGACAUAAGUGGGCUCCCUAGCCUCACUAUGGAAAUGGGCCUGGCCACGGAUCAUGCUCCCAUGUGUGCGGAUUGUCUUAAGUCUAAGAACUCACAGUGGGUCUAAUGGAUUCUCACAGCAGAGUCCAUGGGGCCCGAGAUCAGGUUUGACUUCUUCACACAGCACCAUGGGUGGUGACAUGGGGAUGGAGUUGACAGCUGGUUAUCACACUCUGGUAUGGCUGGACCCCAUUUGAAGAUUUGAGGCAUGUCUGUACCUACUAGUUAACAGCUUGGCCCCAAUGCCCCAAGUCUCUUCACCCCCUGCCAACAUCCCAGCUCCUCUCCAGACCCCUCUGUGAUCCAGCAACUGAAGGGCUAAUGCCUGGCGAGGCGGGGCCUCUGAGACUCAACUGUGCUCUGCAGGCCUACUUCUGCUCUGAUUGGGUAGUGUCUAGGAUGUACCAGUUAUUAAGUAUUUGGUGUAUCAUCCCUGAAAAGGAAGCUGGCCAACCGUGUAGGCACAGAUGAGGGGCUAGUCCACCAUCAGACAGAUGAUCCCUUUUGUCUGUCUCUGACCCACCCUGAUGUCGAGUUUAUUAAAAGCUGAAGGACAGUAUGUGCUCACCCACUGUCUGUGUUGCUCCUGUCUCAGAGGGCCAGUGUGACCAACUGUCUUCUCGAUCUGUCUCCAUAUGCCAAAGCCUCAGCAGAACAGCCCUGAGCAAUUCACACGGCUGGUAAUUUCCACAUGCCUUUCUCCACAGUCCUUCCAAAUAAGUAAAUACUGGAAAAUGGUAACUUUCUAGAUGCGACUUAGAGAAUGGUUUAAAUGAAACAAGAGUCUUGCCCCACGUGGGCCUGGCUGUGUUGCUGAGUAAAGGCACUGGCUAUGGUUGGUAGCCAAGACCAGUUCAUGAAAGACGCCUGGAAAUGGUGGAGGCCACCUCUGGCCUUGCUCAAAGGGGAAACAAGGCUUCCCUGAGACUUCGUUUACAGUCAAACUGCAGGCGCCUCUCUCCUUCCUCCUCAAACCUUGGCAGAAGAGUAUGGCUUUAAAUGUAGAAAAGUUGUAGGAAAUGACUCGAGUUUGUUCUCUCAGAAUCUUCACAGACUCACUCAGCAAACUUGGUACCCAACACCGCAGUCCAUGGUGCUAAACUCUUAAGCUCCUGGAUGGAAGACACGCUGCAGGCCAGUAUCCAUCAGAGGGAAGCACGUGUAAGAUGGGGCAUGGGCAAAGGCUCUUCCUAGGUAGCUUACACUCUAGUGUGACCCACUUAAAAACUAAAUUAAUCCACAGGAUUCUGGGGUACUGGAUUCUCUGCUCUUUCUGAAAAGUGGGCAGUCUUUCCCCUCUGAGAAUAGUAAUUCUUAUUUUCAAAGUCUUUGAGAAGAUAGAAUUACUGAAAAGUUAAGGCAAGUUAUAUUAUGUAGGCAAAAGGUCUUAAUUAUCGUAGUAUGUUAUUGAAUAAUACCCACCUAGUACCCUCAUUAGCUCAAAUGUGUCAUGAUUGAGUUAUCCAUGGGAAGGAGCUUGCUAACACUUUCUAACGGUUCCAAGAUUGGGUAGGUACCUGUGUGAAUCCAUUCUCUCUGGCACACCAUAGGCCUAAGAGAGGCGGCUGUUUGGGGUAAGAGGAGGGGACACAUCAUGGCUAAGGCACAGUGAAGGCAAUCUGUUCAGAAGUACCACAGGCUAGCCCAGAGAAGCCACAGGAAGGACAUUUCUUCCAACGGUGGGGAAAGGUCAGCAGAAUCAUAGGAAUCCUGGAUGGAUGGAGUGAAGAGUCAGGUGCCUGAGGAAAAGAUGAUGUUGCCUGUCUGAGGAUGGGUUAUCAGCAGUUCUCAAACUUUUUGGUCUCAGAACCCGUUUAUGCUCUUAAAAAUUAUUGAGGACCCUUGUGUAUCAAUAUUUACUGCAUUAGAAAUUAAAACAGAAAUUUUUAAAACAGAAUAUGCAACCACAAAGAUGCCAGAGAGAUGACAUCAUCAUGGGUCAUGUAGCCUUUGGAAAACCCUUCUGCGCUCCCAUGAGAGAAUGAGAGUGUACAGGCAAAGGACAUCAUAGUAGUAGUAGUAUGCAAAUUGCAAUGACCUCAUGGAUCCCUGAAGGUGUCUUAGGGGAGCCCCAAGGUCCCUGGGCCACACUUUGAGAACUGUUGCUCUAGGGGAAGAAUCCCAAAUCCCCUGUAAGGAAAAGAGUGCUGGAGCCUCUUUAUGAUCUAUCUGGUAAGAGCCUUCUGCAUAUAGCACUGCCCCUAGCUUGAACCAUCCUCUGCCUCCCAGGCCCGUCCCUCAUCCCAGUCCCUCACCUGGACACGGAGCUGCCUGUGCCCCGGUGUGUCCAGCCAAGUUCACACUGAGAGAUGUUCCCCACAUGGCCACAUCUCACUGCCUGUGCCCAUCUAGAGGAAUGCUGGUCUGAACUAGUGUGUGAAUAGACACUGUUUUAAAGAUCUCAGCUCCUCAGAGUGGCACACCUGAGACAAGGACGUGUGCAGAGCAUAGGAUCAGUUUUCGUGAUACCUUGUGAUAAUUUGUUUCCACGCUGACUUAGUGAUAUAAGAGCUCUGCUAAGUUAGUUGAAAGGUUAACCUUGAUUGGGUAGCACCCCACGGUCAUUUUGGGUCACAGUUGUGAGUGAGUGAUGAUUGAGAAUUGAUCCCAGCACUCUUUCCUGUAGACCCAAAGACUUUCUCAUGGUGGUUGUUGAAGUGGGGCCAGCAUGGCAUCAUGAGCACCAGAAGCUUGGGGAUCAAGAGUCCUGGCCAAGCCUUUGCUAGUUGGGGCAGGUCACUUAACCAAAUGGGAAUAGUCUGGCCCACCCUCCCUUCCAGGAUAUAGUGGGAUGAAGCAUGUGAGAUCACAUUGACCAGUACAAAGAUGCCAUCAGAGAAGAAGUCAUGAUUUGUGGCAUCUGCUGAGCCUAAGUUUUAACUAAUACUCUCUUAUCAGAAAACUAGCAAGAAUUUCUCCAAUUCUGGUGUCAAACUACAACCAAGAAUCAAGGUGGAAUGAAAAUAGCUAGCUCUGUCAGAUUGUUUGCAGAGAAAUAUCAUAGAUUACUUUAGGUAAUUUUUUUUAAGUGUUCUUUACUUUUCUGAGUGAUGGUAACAAACUCAGUGUGUACAGCUGAGUGCAACCCCAGGGGUACCUUACAGGGUAAUGUUACAGCUGACUUUUCAGUGAGGCUCAGAAUCACUGUGGAUGACUCAGAGUGUUGUGCUCAUGAUUCUAAACCUUUAUAUAUAACUGAAAGACUGUUCAUAAUGGACACAAAGGCCACACCAUCUCAUUUUCCCUAGAGGAUAACAAUAACAAAAGAAAGGGAGUGCCCACGUGUGAUAUGUGUGUGCGGAGGAGGCAGGGGACAGCUUGUUAGAUGAACAGCUUUAUUCCAUAAGAAUUUAAUCUGCAGUCCUUUCUUCUGAUGGAGAUAGUGUAAAGUUAUCCCCUCUGAUUGGGUAGGGGCUGACUCCUGCUAACGGGUUAAUCAGAACUGCCUUUAACAAGAUGACUGUGCAGAGCCAGCCCUGGUGGGUGAAACCUGCCUGUGAUGGAGAGCAGGCUCUACCAGACACGGGCUCUUUGGCUGGAGUGUGAAAGCCUGGCCCUCACAUCCGAAGAUGAAUGGCCUGGCUCAGUCCCGACUGGAGACUCAGAUCUCUUAUCUGCACUGUUACAGUGUAGGUUCAGGAGGGGUUUCCGGGCAUUUUACGUGCUUGCUGUGGUGCCAAGAGCUGGCAGACUACUGGUGUGUCUGAUGGAGCUAGCUUAGGGAGACAGGCAGCAAAAGCAUUUCAUAUGCACCCAGGUAGGAAAAAUGUAACCCUGAAAGUGGGCAAGAGAAAGGAAGGUAAAUGAAUGUUCAUACUUGAUGUUAAAAUAUCUUACUUUUAUGCUAUUGCUUCAGAAAUAUUUAGAGAGAUUUUAUAGUUUGGGUUUUUUUGGUGACUUAACCAUUCAAUAGAGUAAAUAUCUAUAAAGUUCCAAUUAAAUGGUGUCUAAAAUUUCAAGCAGCAGUCUACAGGCAAAGCGCCAACAUUUCUUUUUUUAAAAAAAUAUUUAUGAUAACAUCUAGCAUUUAAAAAUCAACAGAAACUAGGCUUGAUUCUGUUUAAUAUUUUAUAUGAUUGGACAUCUUAAAUCAGUAAUGUUUAUAUUUUAUAGCAAUUUUGUGUUUAUUCGAAACCAUAAUUCUACUGUGAUGUUAAUGGAAUGACUUUAUAUGGCUUUAAUUGUAUUGGUUUAAGUGCUAAUGACCACAUUUCAAAUUAAAAUAGUAUUUUGCUGAUAGAAAUAGACACAGAUAUGAAAUAUGAAAGAACAGAUCAUUUUACUGAUUGUAAAGUGUUUAUUUCCAGGAAAAAAAUGUUCUUUUUUAGGGCUGUGAAAAAAAGUAAUUUUUUCAAGGAUUUAAGAUAGUUUUCUGCAAUUUUUGGAAUUGGAACUUGUGCCUAUGGAAUUUUUGGAGCAGCCUAAGCUACCUUUUAGCUUGAUAUGUGUGCUAGAAAAAUUCCAUUAUCAUGUUUUGUGAUAUGUAAUAAAUUCAGGGUGCUGUGCUUAAGCUUCGUUUCAGUUCAAGUUUGGGAACUUCUGUUUCCCUCAUUCCCAACCUUGGAAGACACCCCUACCCGCUGAAGCCCCCACCCCACCCCAGCCUUCCCCCAGUCCCACGAGAAAGAGUAAAGUCAGUCCCUGACUCCUAGGAGGUGUGUUUCUUCCUGUGUGGAGCAAGCAAAAUGUCAUCAUGAUUUCCAAACCUCUGCUUUCAUGUCUGGGGAGAGGGACAUACUCUCUCCUCCUCUGAUGUCUCUUUAAUAAAUAUGUUGUCGUUAUUUGUCUUUGAAAGUGGCCCCUCGGGUCACCUGUCAACCUUCUCCGUGAUUUAUGUUGCAAACAAAUUCUCUGUCCUGUGUCUGUUCACUGCACUUUCCUAAUCUUGUAUAUCAUUGAAGACAUGCUGGAGACAGUUUCUGUUUUUAUUAUGCAAUUAUGUUAUAUGUGUAUUUCAGUGAAAUGUCAACCCGUCAACAGAGGAUGAUGUUAAAAAUUAUCCAAAUAAAUAGUUUUCUAUUUCUUUUAAUCAGGCCUAGUUCAAUCAGUUGAAUGACAAUGAAUAGGAUUAUCUGUUGUUAUUUGAACUCAGGAGUGUGUUCCGGGCCCCUGCUCCCUGUAACGUGGACUAAGGUACAUGAUUUACCUGGAGGUGUUGACUUAGUGCACGGUCACCUGUGUUUAUUUUGUGUCGAUGGCAGCAGGUGUCUCAAAUCUGGUCUCCUGUUUGGGAGCCUCAGAUAUGUAACAGCCCUUUCUUCCCAGUGAUCCAGAGUCAGAUGAUGAAACCCUGGCUGGGCUUAUCUUCCCUUGAUAAUGGUGCCCUAAAAAACGCGGAAUGAAGGAAUUGCGGGCUGCUUCAUGCUGCCGGGCUCCACCUUCCUGCACAUGCCUGCAGCUCAGCUGUGUAAGAGCUUUCACCCACUUGACAUUAGAGUUGCCUUCUUGAUGUUUCCAUGAGAAUGGCAAGUUAGGUCUGCCUCCAAGCCAGAUGAUUCCCCAGGCUCAGAUGUGCUGGACUCAGGGAUCCUGAGAGAGGGAAAAUAUGUUUGCAUGUGCGUGUGUGUGUGCAUGCAUGUGUGAGUUCAUGUGUGUGUGUGUGUGUGUGUGUACAUGUGUAUGUGCAUGUGUGUCUGCAUCUUAUGCCUGUGACCAGAGGAACAGGAAAGUGAGAGGCAGCCUCACUGACCACACCAUGAACUCUUCUGGGUUUGGCCCUAGGACGUGUGUGUCUUUCCCCUACAAGACCACAGCAUUCCUAGCCAGGAACCUUAAAGCUUUGACCCCACGCAGCUCUUUCACCUCUACACUUCAUGAAAUGGAAGGACCUGCUGCUCCUCUCUUCAACACUGCUUCAAACCAGACCCAGUCUGGUGUGCCAUUUUUUACAGGACCAUCUCAUAGGCUAGGUGCUACUAAGGACAAGGUCGUCUUCACAAGAGCCUCUUGGGAAGUUCUCAUAUGACUUUCCAUUCUGAAAUAACGUUGUCACCCCUGUCAUCUGCAGAAAACCAGUCUGAGCAUUCCCACACCAGUGGGCCUAGCCCUGCCCAAUCUGGCCAGACUGCGGCUACCAUCCCAUCCCCUCCGCCAGCCCCCAACCCCCGCCACUGCUGGGUGUGUCUGAAGCACAGUCAUCAUGCUUUGUCUACUGCCCACUGCUGAGGGUUGUGGAGGAAGGACAGGGAAGUGGUCCCCUCCCCUGAUGACCCACCACUUGGCCCCGUUCUCCUCUGCAGACCACCCUGAGGUUGGAGUAUCUGCAGACGGAGCCCUGCACAGCCAGGCUCUCACACAUUCUCCAAGCCUUUAGUGGCUCUGAGUUGCAGACAGAUUGCCAGCCAACAAGGGGUUUUGCCCUGCUGCAGGACGGGUGACCUUGACCUGGGGGAGGUAGGAAAUGCCUCUUUCAGAUGCAAGCCUUUUGUGGAAAAGGUUAAGGGAGCUAUACUGUCCCUAUUAGUAUUUAAGUCAGCAUGCUAUUUUUCUUCAAAUUGAUGGUCAAAACAUCAUAAUUUUCUCAGAGUCAGCAACUACACCUUCCCCAUAUAUACUCCGUAAGCAUCUCAAAUGUUUCCCUAGUGAAGCUGGGAACAAUGGAAGGGUUUCUUCAGGCCCUGUCCUAAUGGAACGGGGCCCAGGGUGAGGAAGGCCUCUGUGAGGACCUUGGGGAAAUGCAGAAUGUCUGUGAGGGGCCUGGAGGGGGCACCUGGUGGGUCUCACACCACCUCCAGAGGCUGUUGAGCCCCUUUCAAUGUGUUGUGGUCUUCAAGAGGGUGGCCUGACUGUGGGCGCCUUCUCAGCCUGAGCGCAGGCUGUGGGCCAGGGCACCGCGGACGGACCUGGAGGCUGGCACUGCACAGUAGCCCAGGUCUGUGUGCAUGUCGGUCCAUCCAUCAUGGUCCUGAGUGUGCUGGUGGUUGUAGUGUGUGUGUCACCCCCUCGUUCCCAUGGCUUCUUAGCAGAACCAGUGGCCCUGAUGGCAGCUUGGUCUGCUUGCCCUCUGGCACUUGUACCCAGGCUUCCUCAUGCUGGACACAGCCAGCGAGUCCUUGCCACUGUCCCUCUAGAAUAGCCAGGCUGUGCUCCUUGCCCUGUCUGGGGCUCCAGGAGGUGGUGCUCUGCAGGCCAUCCUUCUGUAGACUGGCAUUUGGGCCCUUGGCCAUGGCAGACCUGAGUACCAGGCCAUGUUCCCUGCAAGUGCAGGUAUUUGGAAAGGUUACUGGGUUGAGGGCCUCAAACAUCCCAGCCGAUGCUCAUCUUGAACUCCUGAGUGCCCCCUACAACCCUGAGGCUGCAGGGACUCCUUCAAUUCCAUUCAAACAAGCGGCCCGUUCCCUGGGCUGUCCUUUGGAGAAACCUUCCCCUCCUACAGCUGAAUCAGGCAGGAGCAAAGCCAGGACCCAGGUCAGUCCCAGGGCGCCCGUGUUGUCUAAUCUGUUUUGCCGUUUUCAUUGAUCUAGGCGGGAUUAAGGACACUGCAUGACAUUGGGCCUGAAAUCCGGCGUGCUAUAUCAUGCGAUUUGCAAGACGAUGAGCCCGAAGAAACAAAACGAGAAGAAGAAGAAGAUGUA